AUGGCGUACUCGGUCGUUUCAAAGGCUCAAGGGUGGAUUAUCCUCCUAUUCGGCUUCUUGAAUCUUCUCACGAUCGCUAGUGCUAGCUCCAGCUCUCAAUGCUACUAUCCCAACGGCAACGAAAGCACUGAUACCCCCUGCUACACAGACGGCCGAGUUACCCAUUGCUGUGGCGAGGAAUCCAUAUGCCUCACAAAUCAGCUGUGUCUUUCAGUAGCGCAGCCAUUUUCCUUAUCGCGCGGAAGCUGCACUGAUAAAAGCUGGGGCACGGAUUGCCCAUCAACAUGUCGGAGCGCACAAGAAGCCGCUGGGGCGGCUGUUGUGUGGUUAACGAACGGUACAGCGACCGGCGAAGAGCCACAAUACUGCUGUAAUUCGGCCGUGAUCUCGGCCAACGAUACGAUAGUAUGUAGUACGAUCGAUGGAGAUUCCCAGAACCCCUUCACGAUUUCGAAUGGUUCUGUUAUUGCCAACGCCGCAGCUCUUUCGGGGUUGGUGGAGGAGUCAAGUUCGUCCACCGUCGCCAAUACUACUGCUAGUGGGAACAACACAACGAUAACGAGCUCGCAAUCGUCUUGCAACACCUCCAGCAAAGACGUGGCUAUCGGGGCUGGGGUCGGUAUUCCCCUCGGUGUUAUUGCCCUUCUUCUUAUUGUAUGGGCGUUGUGGGAAAGACGUUUGAGGAAACAGACACCCGUUCCUGGUCAGGCCUUUCUGCUCUCUGAUAACAACUCCCACUCCCAUGUUCGUGAAAUGGAUGGGUCAAAAGUACCGGAAUUGUACGAUGGGUCGACUAUAACUGGAUCUUCUUAA